UUGCUAACACAGUUAGGGGUAUUUAUACCCAUUCGUAAUGCUAGCGUAGGGGAAGUAUGGAUUUCAGAAAAGUAAUACCUCUUUUUAUUUCUUUCGUAUGCUGCUCUUUGUCCUUUGCCGCCACACUUCGAUUUUCACCACCUAACUAUUCAGCGUGCCACAGCAAGGAUUUUGGUCAUGGGGGUACUGUCUGUGUGUGUUCUGAUGAACAAGGCUGUGAUUCCUUCAGUGAGGGAAGUCCUUUGUCCGAGCAAGAAUAUGCUGUUUACACCAGCUCAAAGGCAGGCGAUCGUUUUAAUCUAAGGACGGGGAAGAUAAAACAGCCAGGGUCCUAUCGAAAACUACGGCACCCUGUCGAAGCCGAGGUCAAGUUUGUCGUAAAUCAGGAUGAAGUUUUCCAGACUAUACUGGGCAUAGGAGGAGCCUUUACAGAUGCUGCUGGAAUCAACAUAUUAAACAUCAGCUCCACCUUGCAGCAGAAGCUGUUGUCUUCAUACUUUUCUCCGGAUGGCAUUGAGUACUCCCUUGGGCGUAUUCCCAUGGCUAGUUGCGAUUUUUCUACCUGGCCUUACUCUUAUGAUGACCAUGAAGGAGAUUUUGAAAUGUCAAACUUUAGCCUGGUCAACGAAGACUUCAAGCUGAAGAUUCCUCUCUUGGUAGCUGCAGCAAAUAUGAGUAGAAGGACCCUCAAGUUCUUUGGAAGUCCCUGGGCUCCUCCUGCAUGGAUGAAGACCAAUGGUAAGAUGCAAGGGGCUGGAACAUUGAAGGGAGUGGCAGGAGACAAAUAUCACAAAGCAUGGGCUUUGUACUUUGCAAAGUUCAUCAGGGCGUAUGAAGAAAAUGGGGUGAAAAUCUGGGGAGUUACUGUACAGAAUGAACCUAGCACAGGAUUUAUCCCAGGGUAUUCCUUUCAAACAAUGGGUUACACAAAGGAGAUGGAGAGAGAUUUCAUCAAAGAGGACUUAGGCCCAAUGUUGGAAAAGUUCGGCUACUCGGAUGUGAAACUGAUGAUGGUUGAUGAUAACCGGAGGCUUGUUGAGCCUUGGGCUGAUACCAUUCUUGGAGAUGAGGAAACUGUUGAAUAUGUUUCUGGCAUUGCAGUUCACUGGUAUAAUGAGAAUGAUACUUCACCCGGUGUGCUUUCUGCAACACACAAAAAAUUCCCUGACCACUUCAUUCUAAACACAGAAGCUUGCACUGGCUGGACAGGGCCCCCUUCUGAGAGAGGAGUUCAUCUGGGUCAGUGGUCACGAGGAAGUGAUUAUGCUUAUAGCAUCAUUGAGAAUUUAUCCCACUGGUCAAGUGGAUGGGUGGAUUGGAACAUAGCUCUUAAUUUACAAGGAGGACCCAACUGGGUGAAGAACUUUGUUGAUUCUCCAAUUAUUGUGGAUGCAGAAAAUAAUGCCUUCUAUAAACAGCCAAUGUUUUAUCAUCUUGGCCACUUCAGCAAAUUUGUACCACCAGGUUCACACAGAAUUGAAGUAAACUGCUCUGAAAAGACUUCCCUGGAGUUUAUUGGGUUUGUUACACCAGAGGGCAACACGGUAAUGGUGAUACAAAACACUGAAGGAAGAAAUGUUACCUUUGGCAUCACUGAUAAAAAGGGAGCAAUUAUUAGCGAAAUUAUUCCACCAUUUGCAAUUCAGACUUAUAUUUGGUAAACUGAGUUAAACCUAGUUUGCAUCCUAUUAAGUUAAACAUCAGUACGCAUGUUCUCCAUAAUGUUUUCAUUCGUUUCGUAUGACAAGGAGAAUUUGUAUGUUAAUAAUUAAUGACUUAUAGUGAAGUAGAAACAAGAAUGUUAUUCUUCACAUAAAAAGAACUCUUUGGACAUGAUGUGUCAACUAAUUUGGACACUGAUUUUAGUCCCUGAAAAUAAUUUUUGAGAGAGAAUUUUAAAUUUCUAAUUGUGUGGAGUACCCAAAACCUACAGGUGGGAACAAAUAAUCAUUAGGUUUUUCAGGGUGAGUCAAAUGUAUGUGUAAAGAGUAAGAAAGUUUAGUGAAUAAUGGAAAACUUAAGAAGAAAAAACGACAAAAAAGAAAAUUGGUGUUGUACCCAUAAAGAACUUUUUAUAAUAUUGAAUGAUAUUGAAAGGGAUGUUUCUACAAUUUUUCUUUUUAGAAUGAAUAGGCUAUUGAAUAAAGUUUAAAACUUAUCGUU